UUAACUUCAUAUUGAUACUUGUCUGUGGUGUGUUUACAACUCAAACCCCUCGAUAUUUUAUUUUAUUUCAUUAAUUAAGUUUUAUUCACCCAUUAUCACGCGUCGCCAGGAUGGGAGAAGAUGAUCAGAUGCCCACUGAGCAAGAGGGUAUUCAAAUACAAAUUAUGGAAGAAGCUGAACAAGGAGAUGUGCCAUUAGAAGUAGGAAACACGGCAAGGACUGCAAGCACUGUGCGGGAAUCAACAGUACAGUUACAGUUCACUGAGCUCCACUCAUUCCCAGCAAUUGAGAGUCUUCCAUUAGAUGAAGUCAAUAAAAGCUGGGAACUGAAUUAUCGAGAAGCAGCCAUAUUCCUAGAAGAGGGGGCUAACAAUGACAAGCUAACUUCUCAUCCACACUGCCAUGAAGCACUUCCUGCAUAUUUGCUUGUCCACAACAAGUGGUAUUAUGCCCUAGAUUUUGCUGCUUCCUUGUUGCUCAUCUUGCUGACAUUCACAGAGAGACCAGCUAAUCCCCUCUUCCGGCUACCAGUAGGUGUACAUAGUAGUAUGGAACUCAUGGCUCUGGUCAUUGUAAGUGUGGAGUUGAUUAUGAAAUUUCGAUGGGUUGGAUUCAAGAUAUUUAUUCACCACCCUAGAUCCAUGGUUAAGGCGCUGACGCUCUUAAUAAUGAUUGCUGAAUCUAUUGUGGUUCUCGUCCGGCAAAGUUCGCACUUUAGGGUUACUCGCGCUCUCCGACCCAUCUUCCUUCUAGAUAAUCACCACUUUGGUGGAGUCCGUAGAUAUCUACGGCAGGUUUUGCAAUCAAUGCCUCCCGCAAUUGAUAUGUUGGGCCUACUACUAUUCGUAAUUUUAUUCUACAGUGUUUUAGGUUUUUAUAUUUUCAGCUCGAACGUAAACGAUCCAUAUUUCAGUACCUUACAACAAGCCUUCAUUUCGCUUUUCAUACUUUUAACCACGGCUAAUUUUCCUGAUGUGAUGAUGCCGUCCUAUGCGGUGACCCGUUGGUCAUCUGUUUUUUUCAUCACAUAUCUAUCCAUUGUUCUGUACUUUCUGAUGAAUCUGUUACUUGCGGCUGUCUAUGCAUCUUUUUCGAGUAUGGAGAAAAACAAGUUUCAACAGUUAUUGCUGCAUAGACGCAAAGCGGCACAACAUGCUUUCCGUCUGUUGCUUAGUCGGAGCAAUAGAAUGGGCGUUACACUGCAACACUUCCGUGGUCUCCUGCGCAAUGUUGAUCCAUCUCGAACCUACAGGGAAGUGUAUCUGAUGUUCCGUCUCCUAAACACAUCGGAUUCCGGAAUAAUUAAGGUGGAUGAAUUCUAUCAUAUUUACGAUGUGUUGGAUAUGAAAUGGCGGAUAAGAGAUGAGGAACCGUUUUGGUUUUCCCGGCUUCGUUCUCGUACAUUGGCCAAUAUCGCCCAGCAAGUACAUCGGCUGGUUACCUGGACUUUUUUCGACUAUUUCGUCUCCCUGGUGAUUUUCCUGGGGGGAAUCCUGAUGUUAACGAGAACUGCAGCUAUAUCGGUGCAUAUGAGUAACCCGCUUGAACUAGGUGUUACUUGGGAAACCUACGCCUUUGUGUCUUUCUAUGCACUUGAAGCAAGCCUAAAAAUGUUUGGCAUGGGCUUCCACGUGUACUUCUCCUCUGGCUGGAACUGCUUCGACUUCGCCGUGACAGGAGUUUCUUUGAUUGGGUUAGCGGCCGAAAUUCUUGGUCACUGGUCAUUCCUUGUGGUAGCAAGGCAUUUGCGGAUUUUACGUGUUUUCAAGCUACGUAAGCGAUAUCGAGAUGUCUUUGGGACGAUAUUUAUUUUAGGCCAAAGACUACUGUGCGCCGGUAUAGUUUUCCUCAUUCUUUAUUACGCCUAUUCGAUUGUUGGAAUGGAACUAUUUGCAGAAUAUGACCUAACCAAUUGUUGCAAGAAUUCAACUGUUGAAGCUAAUUUUCGCUAUGAAAAUGGAUCAUCGUCGAACGGCUACUAUUACCUAAAUACUUUCGAGAAUGUUAUUUCAUCCUAUGUGACGCUUUUCGAACUAACGGUUAUUAAUAACUGGUACGUCAUAAUGGAAGGAUAUGCGGUCACUACCACUCAAUGGAGCCGCAUAUAUUUUAUGUGCUUUUACCUUACUAUAAUGAUGUUACUGUCCAUUGUUGUUGCUUCCGUUCUUGACGGAUUUAUGUUUCGCAUUUCAUACAAAGAAAAAAUGACUAAAGAUGACGAAAAACGUUUAGUUGAGAAAACCGUUACCCUGAAUUCUGAAGAAUAUGAACGGCUUCUUGCAGUCGAAUCUGCGGAAGAAUUGUCGAAGGAAAAGGCAUGGUGCAAUUGGUUUGCCCGAUUGCGCAAACAAGAACCCUUCCGCACUCUGGACGAAGCUACAUCGGAUUUGCCGGGGAUUCGUCCUAUAUCAGUAACAUUCACGGGUUUCCGUCGGCGAACAAAGGAUGUUCUUCUAAGUUUUAUGUACAAGGAUGAAAUAUCCUGGUGGAUGAAGCAAGCCGAUCAAGAAGAAAAACAGCAACAGCCAAGAAACUCUCCUUUGAAACGGGUAGAAAUUCGUCAGAGACAGCAUCGUGGCUCUGGAGAAAUUCUCAGCGAUUAAGAUUGUCAAGAGAAACCUCCAGCGCCUUUACAACCCAGUCACGUUUCCAUCCUCCUUUUUUUAUGUCAUAUAUUUUUAGAUUACGAAUCAACUAUUUUCUAUUUCCGUUAUGAAUUCUUCAAAAAGACAAAAACAAACAAACAA